GGUCGUUAGGGAAACCGCAUAGUACAGUGAUUUUCAGUAAAGGUAACAGUAACAGUGAAAGAAUCAGCCUAUAAGUUACUAUAACUAUAAAUGAAACUGUCAAUUUCAGAUGCUGCAGAGGAAAAUUCCUAUUUACCUGAUGUAGCUGCAUUAAAAAACUUCAGUGGUUACUUUAACAUGUAUUUUUAUUUAUUGUUUUCCAAUUAGUUUUUCAUGUAUUUUCGUGUAGUAGGCUUACGUUUAAAUUUUAAGGGAAAAUUUUAAUAAUAAAAAUCACAUUUAAAAAAAUAAAAUAAAUCAGUUCAUCCAUGGUCCAUGGUCGUCAUAGUUUAAUUAACUUAAACAAUUAACAGGCACUCCUCACUCCUCAGAAGGGUGGUCCCAAAUUAAAAAAAUUGAAUGCCUUUCACUUUCGUUACGAAAGUGUCGGCUACCAGCCUAAUAGUUUAAUAGCCCCCCCCCCCCCAUAAUUGGUGAAAUAAAUUUUUCUCCAAUUUUUGUUCGCAGACUAAAAUAAACAACACUACAACACAACACCAUAUUUCAAAUAAUGUUUUGUCAGGAAAUAUUCUACAAUAUUAUGAAAAAACGCCGAAGGCACUGUAUGAGUAUGGUUUGGUUAGUGUCGCUUACUGAAAGCCGUCUAAUAAUACAAAAAAAAACCCAAUUCAACAGAGAUAAAUUUUGUAUCUCUAUUGAAUUUUUCUUUAUUUUCCUUCUUCUUUCAGAAGAUGAUGAUGAUGAAGAGGCUGAUGAAGAUCACGAUCUUCAUAAUAAAAAAAAAAGAAUAAAUUUAAGUAGAGCAUUAGACGUAAACAAAUACAUCAUCUAUUAUCAGCGCCUAAACUUUAAAUAAAAUUAUCCAAAAUUACUGAGUCUUGAUGUAAUUUAAAGAAAAAGCUUUGGUGCAAUUAUCUUUAAAAAUAAAAAGGGUAGUGGGAAAAAUGGUGCAGAAGUAGGAAAAGUAGAUCACAAGUUUUGGGGGUAAAAUAUAUAGCUUGUUGACCUAUAGUUGACCAUAUAGAGCUAGGGGCUUAAAAACAAUUUUGUUUGGGGGGCCUAACAAGUUAAAUUUAACCAAUAUGACAAUGGGCUCAAUGGUGCAGACUUCGCUGGACGAAAUCACAAUUCCUGGAAUUUUUGUCCCCAUAUAUGGAUGAUACAGCUUGGCAUCAGUACUGUCACCAGAGUUGUCAGAAUUUUUCAUUAUAUCGAUGUAUCCGCCUAUGGGACUCUUAUCCUUGGGUUUUUGAUUCAGUAUUUCUUUCUCUUGGAUGAGUUGUCAUCCAAGGUUAAUGGAUCCCAUCCACCUGGUGAAUAUUUUCUUGACUUGGUCUUUGGUAGGGAUUGAACUCCAGAUAACAAGUUUGGAAUCAUCUCUGUUUAGACCAUUGGACCACUUUGUUGAACUUGAAACCAAUAGUGACUCUCAAAUUGGAAAAUUUUGUAGUUUACUAUGGUAUCCCAACUUUCAAAGCUUUCGAGAAGCAUACCAUGCUUGCAUUUCACUUUAAACCCAAUAGAAUAUCAUCAUCACGAUUUUCUGUGUGCAAAGCCCACAGUUUGCAAAAAAUGACCAGGUGCGUAUACUGCAUCUCAUAUUUCCUGGACCGCAUUUCCUUGGUUAACCAUCAGAUGACUCAGCACAUCAGACUUAAGGCAUGGGAAGUUGACAGUUAUGAGACUGUGUUCAGCCAGCCACACUAACCAAAGCACACAGUCAUUUACUGCCUUCGGUGUUGUGUCGUAAGUUUUCAAAAUGUUUCUUGGCGAAAUAUUUGCAAUAUGAACCUGCUGUUUGUUGGCCAUGGCAUUGUUUAUUUUAUAUUAUUACAAGGAAGAUAAUUCAUUUGUUUAAAAUUUUACAUGUAAACAAUUUACUGACUAAAGUAGGCCUACUAGACCCUCUCUUAACUGAAAAGAAGAAAGAGAAGCUCACUGAAUCUGAAAAAUAAUAUGCUUUUAAUAUGUUAUAAUAAUUCUGAACAGGGUCUUAAGUCUAUGACAUUUUUAAAGUUAAUAAUUAUGUCUAAGAUAAUAAUUCAAUUUCAGGUAAAGAAAAAGAAUUCAUUUACAAAACAAUGCAGUCAGCAUUGGUGGCAGAACAAUCACCAACCUGCGAUUUGCGGAUGACAUUGAUGGACUGGCUGGAAACGAAGAAGAGUUAGCCAACCUAUUAAAGUGUCUUGACAAGACUUCAUUGUCCUUUGGCAUGUAAAUCAGUGCAGAAAAGGCAAAAUUGAUGACGAAUAACAUCACCUGCAUCUCCACUGAAAUUAAGGUCGGGGAGGAAAGAUUAGAGACAGUACGCGACUUCAAGUACCUAGGAGCAAUAGUCUCGGAAGAAGGCUCCAAGCCCGAAUUGAUGUCCCGGUUUGCCCAUACCACACUAAAGAGACAUAAGAAAAUAUGGAAUCACAAAAAUGUAGCCCCCAGCACCAAAAUCAGGCUGAUGCGCUCAUUAGUCCUCUCCAUUUUCUUGUAUGGCGGUGGGUCCUGGACAAUACAAACAAAACAUGAAAGUAAAAUAAAGGCGAUGGAGAUGAGAUGUUUCAGAAACAUUCUUGGAAUCUGCUAUAGAGACCAUAUCUCUAAUAAACAAGUGAAAGAAAGGAUUCGUCAAGCAAAAUUGGGCAGUAUGAUGACCUCCUGGUGACUGUAAAAAAGCGCAAACUGGAAUCGUAUGCCCACGUAACAAGAAAACAAGGGCUUGCCAAAAAAUCAUGCAGGGCACGAGAGGAGGGAGAAGAAGAGGACAACAGAGAAAAAGAUGGGAAGAAAACAACAAGGAGUGGACGGGACUAAAACUGUGCGAAGUGCAGAAAACAAAGAGGAAUGGAGAAGGAUAGUUUUCAUGUCAUGUGUGACACACCAACGGUUCGAGGACUAAGGGACAGGAUGAUGAUGAUGAUGAAACAUUGAUUGAAAUGAAAAGAAACUGCAUAAAUAAAUAAAGUUUUUGAGAACCUAAUGAUAGAUGUAUAAUUAGAACAGAGCUUUCCAAACUGUGUAUGUUUACAUUGUGACACAUUAGUAAUUCCCAGCAGCUUGUACUUGUACAUUUAUCAUGCUAAAAUAAACCCAUAUCAAAUACCAUAGAAUUUAACAUCAAAAGAGCCAACCAGUGUUUGACAUCAUUGCAUUCUUCUGUCUCAUGGCCUCUUAAAUGAUCUUUUUUUUCCUAGAAAAGCACUUUGAAUUGCUUUUAACCUUUUUGUGACCAUAGUCUAUAAGUUGAUAUGGUUUGUACAAUUUGUUUUGGCGUGAGUGGCCUUUUUCUUGCUAGAUAGAGCAUUAAAAAAAAUAUUAAUCCAGCAACCGUUCCGAAAAAAUUUUUUUGCUCUAUAUAUUGCAGGAUCUUCUGAUGCUUUAUCAUUGUUAAAUGGUGCCUUUAGGUUCAUGUUUUUGACUUUAGUUUAAAUAUUAGAAUUUAUUGGCACAUUUUAACAUUACGUUAGCGCUGCACAAUGAUUAAAAGGAAUAGGUUUUUAAUUAAGAAAACAAAAGCUGGUGAUGAACAAUGUAGUGAAAAAAUGCAGCAGCUAUAGAGGAAACGAUGCAAGAAUCAACCCCAGAAUUUUAAGUACCAGCACUUAAAAGUGUUAAAGAAAAGUUUCAUUUAUGCUAUCAAUAUUUUAUGAAACUGGUUUGCUUAUUAUCUAGUCAUGAACAUUGGCCUUGGCCACAUUGUUAAGAUUAUCUCGCAAUUGAAAGUAUGGUAUCAAACAAAUUAAUCCAUCAUUUUACCCUGAAACUAAAAAUACAAUAAUUUGUGUUUUCUAAAAUCUGUUCGAAUAAUUUACCGAGCUUUUAAAAUGUAUUAAAAAUUAGCAGAUUCCAACAUCCAUCAGGGAAUUAAUAGACACUAUCUAAGCAUCUAAUGAGUUAAUUUACUUGGUUGCUUUACUAAUAGUCAAUGAGAUCAUAUACAGGUACUGGAUUUUAUGCCUUUCAAGUGGUGUAACUGAAUGUUGUGUCAUGAAAAGAUGUAUGUCUAAAAAGUGUGUCACCAACAUUAAAAGUUUGGAAACCACUGCAUUAGAAUAAAGAGUUGAACCAGAUAAAGGUCUAAAACUGUUCACAUUAUCCUGUUUUUUCUGGGCCCCAUCACUAGUAGCAUAAUCAAAAGUAAAUUAGGACCUAUGUGUAUGCUUGUUUAUAUUUCAAUCUUAACAAAAAUGAGGCUGAAGAAAUAUCAGAUUAAUUUGUUUAGAACUUAUUUUGACUUGUGUUUUAAAUUUUUUUCCUAAUUUAAUUAAUUUAAACAAAGAAUCAAAGAAACAGUAAGGUUGUACUGAAAAUGAUUUUAACUUUUUUUUUUCUCUUUUCUUUUAGGAAUUAAACUUAUCAAAUUCAAUUAACCUACAACAAUACUCCAAUAAAAAAAAAUGGAAGAAUCCCCAACUUCAGGUAAUACUCUUUAUAGAUAGUUAGGAUGGUUUUCUUUGUUACCUGUAAAUUUAAAAAUUGAAAUUAAGAUCUUUAUCAUAAAUUCUAUAUUCAUUAAACAAAAUAUUUCUUUGUUUUUGUCUUUUCUAGCAUCUGACUCACUGCAAGAUCUGGACAUAAAAAACAAGCGGUUAGCCAAUAUUGUCCAAAAAGGAACAGGUAAGGUUGAUGCAAGUCAAUUCAUGUAUUUUCGGCCACUAAGUCUAAUGUGAACAUUGUUAACCACCAAGGUGGUUUUAUAGCCACUAAGGUGUGUUGUGGAGAAAAUUAUUAAAAAAGAAUAUUUUUAACAAAAAUAUCGCAUGAGUUGAUAAUGCAAUGCGGACUAAUUAUACCUGGUACUUGAUUUAUUCAAGCUUAAUGCCUUAGUGAAAUUGUUAUAAAUGAGUGACCCCCAGGACUUAAAAAGUUUUGUCUCAGAGUAUCAACUGAACAACACCCUUUAUACUAAUACCAUUAAUGCAGUGCAUAAUAAAUUUUUUUCUCAAACUUAUUCAUAUAUUUUCCCCAGAAUCUUAAUUCCUAAAGCUAGACUUUGACAGAUAAAAUAUUAAAUUUUAUUUUAAUUCUGGUUGUAUUUCAGCUACAUUAGCGAGUACUGGGAAAUUCAAUCUUUCAAAUGAGUAUAAGUAAGUAAUAAUCAUUUAUAAUUUUAAAUAAAUGAGAUUGAAUAAAAUUUUUAUUUUGUCUGUUUUAAAUUUUUUUUCUUUUAACUGAGCUGUUUACUGAACAAUUUCUAACGUAAAUAUUUAUAUUUUUUGGGGUACGGCGCCUUAUUAUUAUAAUGUAUUUAUUCAACCUGGAGAGGUGGGCUGAAUAAUUUCAGGACAUACAAAAUGCAGACAAUAGAUAAGAUGACAAUUAUGAACCACCACACGGAGAACCAGACCCUUUAAUAAGCUCCCAACUCUAGAAGAAACUACAGAAGUAAUCAAUUAUAUGAAAAACCACAAAGCCCCUGGAGAAGACCUCAUCACAGUAGAACUUAUUAAAUAUGGAGGAAAAGAACUACACACUCAGAUGCAUAAACUUAUAACUAAAAUUUGGCAAGAAGAGAAAAUUCCAACAGCACUAAUAACGGAGGAAUUUCCCUAUUAAAUGUUACAUACAAAAUUCAGACAAAACCUAUCAACGACUGUUCAGAUUUAACCAUCUGAUGCCUAUUAGAGAAAGGUUACGAAUAUAGUUUCCCAGUGCAUCAACUCUAUGUGGACUAUAAAAUGGCCUGUGGCAGCAUAAAAAAAAAUAUGUCCAUGAGAUUCUGCAGGAGUUUGGCAUACCUAACAAACUGACAAGACUGAUACAUGUAACAUUGAAUAACUCAAAAAGCAAAAUCAAGGUUCAGGGUAAAUAUUCAAUGGAAUUUCAGAGUAGACGAGGCCUAAGACAAGGAGACUCACUGUCUUGUAUGCUAUUUAACCUAACAUUAGAGAGUUGUUAGAGGCAUACAUAUAGACACCCAUGGAACAAUAACAGGAUACUUUUUGAGAGAGACCAUUGGGUACUCUCUACAAUCAACUCCUUCAGUAUCUUGCAUAAGCUGAUGACAUAGCACUAUUAAAGAAAAGUAGUAAAGACAUCAAAAGCUUUUAUUGAAUUAGAAGACACAUAAUACAAGCAGGGCUGGAAAUUAACAACCAAAAAACAAAAUACAUGACUAUGAUAAGAGAAGAACAGACAGAUGAAGCCAUUUAAAUUUAAAAAACACACUUUUGAAAGAUUGAAUCAAUUCAAAUACCUAAUAUCUUUAUUAAAUGAAAGAAACAAAUUACUAACAGAAAUAAAAGAAAGAAUACCAUCUGGAAACAGAGCAUACUUCAUUAGUCACAAAAUACUCAAAAGUAAAAACAUUACAAGAAAAACAAAGAAAACUAUUUUCAAAACUGUAAUCAGACCAGUUGUAACAUACGCAAGUGAAACUUGGACCCUAACAAAAACGUCAGAAAACCAAUUAAACACAUGGGCGGUAACAGUUCUUCGGAAAAUAUAUGGACCAACGAAGGAUGAAUAAAAAUGGCAGGAAUUGUAGAGUCUAUAUCAGGAUCCCACGCUAGUAUCAGAAAUAAAAAAAAAGGGUAAGCUACGCUAGGCAGUACACUUAGAAAAAAGCCAAAUGACAGAGGAGUGAAGAGGGUACAUCACCAAAACCCCAGAGGAAAACGGCUCAAAGGCAGACCUAGGCUUAGAUGGAUGGAUGAUGUGGAAAAAGAUCUACAGCAGCUGGGAAUCCAAGCAUGGAAAAGUAAAGCAUUAGUUAGGUCUGAGUGGAAGGAAGUAGUGAGGCAGGCCAAAGCCCUACAUAGGCUGUAGGGCCAAAGGGAUGGAUGGAUUUAUUUAACUUGAAUACCAACCAUUUCUUUUGAUGACUGUUAAGCAUAACAUCAAAUAAGUAUUUAAAGUUUACACGUUUGAUCUUUAACAUUAACAAUAUUAUUUGUAUGUGUAAAUAGUCCAUUUCAGUUUGGUCCAAAGGAACAGAGCUUCGUUGUUAAAAAAGUAGAUGCAAAUAAAAGAUUCGAAGAAAUCAAUGCAGUGUUCAAAUUAAUUGAAGAUGCUAGGGAUAGUAAAACACCAAGGGGGCUUGUCCUGAAUCCAGAAAAGGUAUCCAUUUUGAAAUUACCUUCCUGUUUAAUAUGCUAUUUUGAACUAGUAUGAGCUCUUUUUGUUAGCAAAAGUUUCCUAACAUCUUCACUUUUUUUAAUUCUUAGAAAUUUCCAUCUACAAACGCUAGCAUGUCAAAUACAGCACUGUUUGAAACAAAUAAUUCUUAGUUCAUCCAUCAAAAUUGAUAAUGACUAUUUUAAUGAUUGGAUUCAUGCUGGUUCUGAUCAUUUCUGUGGGUGCACAGAUGGCUAAUGAAAUAGAUUCUGGCAUGAAAUUUUCCUGUGCAGAAAGUGCAAGGGGUGGAUAUUGGACAUCAUCAGGCGCAGAGCUAUGCCAGGCUUUCUGGCUUGUAAUUUUUACUCUACAGCUGUUGUUCUGUUGGGCUUAUGUUGUAUGGAGCCUUUGUGUAAGGAUGAAUGACACAUUGCUCCAUCCUUUGCCAAUUCUUCCCACAUGUUCCUAUUUAUAUGGAAAGAACUGAAUAGAUUUAUGCACACAGACUUUAAAAAAUAUAUAUUUAAAUUAAAUAGUAACAAAUACUUAUUUCAAUUGGGGAAUGUCAAAUUUUAGAAUAUCUAAUUAUGUUUUUGUUGUUUUAAAACCUAAGUAGUGAGGGGGGAUAAUUCGGGGAUCUGAAUGCUGAUUGGAUGAUAACAUCAUACUAUUGUAAACAUGGUAAGCCUGUUGAGAAUCAUCACAGCUUGGACAAUAAUGCUAAUAGAUAGCAUCAUACUAAAAAUGUUACAUUGAGAAAUGGCAUCCGUGGGUCGUAGAGCGUUAGCUCUUAAUGCGCCCCCCCCCAUCAUACCCCCCCACAGCCCAAGCACCAGGUUCCCCUGAUACCCACCGUGUGGUGGCAUGUCGGGGACCUCCCCAACCUGGACCACCGAGGACAUCUGGUCGACCUGAACAUACUGCAUUUAAAGUGUCCGCAGCCAACUCUCCCAGUGAGUCGGGAUGGUACAUUUACAUCCUAAUAUCUUCCCCCCAGCCAUCCUGGGGAAGCGUCCGAUGCCCUUUAAAAGGGUUUCUACAGUGGGUUUCCACCCUGCAACUAGUUUGCGAAGUAGCUGGGACGAAACGGUUGGCUGGGAGCAGCUGUCUCAGGGCUGCAUAUUUAGAAUCGUCGGCUCGAGGCUUUCACCUUAGCUUCUUGCCUCAUGUCCAUUAACGGCAACUUUUAAUCAUGACCCCUACCCUGUCUCUGUCUUUACUUCCAACUGUAAAACGUCACAGUUGGCAGCCCUGUAGGUGCUGUUUUUAUUUUGGCAGCUACCAAGCAUCUCCCUUGUCUGCCCACGCACGACACGCAAUGAUGGUUUUGUUCCCUGGGUAAUGCCAACGGGGUCCGGUGGCUGGCGCCUCUCAAUCGACAAGUCACAGCAGACUUGCCAAUCAGAUCCCCGGGGAGGAUAAUAUCGUAGUAAGCAGGUCUUAUCAUAUAAACCCCAAGAAAUGUUUUGCCACUGAUAUUUUUUCAUUGCUUUCUGAAGUUUUCACAUCUACAAAUUUAUUCUGUGACUGCCUACUUAUGUCAAACAGUUACUGGCCUAUAAUUGUCUAAGAAAUACACAUUUAAAAAAUUGUUUAUGUAUAAACAGCUUAUGUGGCUUUUAAAAAAAAAUUUAUUCUUUUUUUGGUUAUAUAAAUAUUUGCUUUAAAAAACUGUUGGAUUAUUAUUGUAAUCUUAGUCCUGGGUUAAGACUAACAAUCCAUUUUACCUUAUUUCAGGUUUCUACAAAAUUAGAAUUUGAAGAUCAUGUGGAUCAGAUAAAAAAUCUCACUGUAUUAGGCAAAGGUGCUUAUUCAGAGGUAAUCCUCGUCAAAGACAAGCAGACAGGAAACAAUAUUGCCCUGAAAACAGUGAGUGAAAUCUUGAGCCUACUUCUGAAGGAAUUUUUGAUGGGGGAUUCAAGUGUUACUAUCUACUCUAAAUAAGAACAAAUGGAAUUCACUUUGUUACUGCUUAUGAAUAAAUGACAAGACAUUCUUUUUUUUUUCUGAGUGAGAAUAAACUUUUUUUGUAACCUUUUAAGUGCUUAAUGAGAAAGUCAAAACAGAUUCUGUAGAAAAUGACCAAAGUUGCUUGUGUUGUUCAAUUUUUACUAUGACCUAUUUGACCAACUUGGAAGGUCACAUUGAGUUAUAUGAUGGGCCACCAACUAAAUAAGUAAACAAAUUAUUUGUUUAUCCUAAAUAUUGCAAUGGUGUGAGUGAAUAAGGGAGGGUGUGGGGGGGGGGAGAGAUGAAUAUUACAAUUAGCUUCAGUGGGGGUCCUCAAUCCGGGAAAACUACCUUCUUAAAAUGACUGUUCUUUAUUCAUGUUGUAUUAUCACUGUUAAAAUACUUUUACAUGAAUUUUGCAUUAUUAAGAAUAUAUUAGCCUUAGAUUAUUGUUCCAUUAUGCAUAGAUUAAUAUUGGAUUAUCCACAGAUCAUGCUCAUCCAGUUUCAUCGAGAUCAAAUUUUGGCCUGGAUACAUCUAGGGGCUGAGAAUUUAGCCCCAGAACUUUAUAGCUUUCAGAUGGAAAAUAAUAGUGUUGUCAUGAAAAUGGAAGUUAUAAAAGGUAGCUUUGUCUUAUUUCAUUCAACUGUACUAGUUCAAUGGUGGUUUAAUAAAUUUGGAUUGUAAGUUUCAUUUGUGCAAAACUGUUUUUUUUUAAAAUUGGGAAACAAAUAACACAAGGUAAGGGACAACCUGAAAAAAAGAUAACACGAAACAAUGGACCUGAUGGCAAAAAAGUCUUCUCUAACAGAAACAAGUGUCACAGCUGUCAAAUAUGUUAAAUUAGUAAAUCUGGAUGGUGACUAUCAGAUAGAUCUAACAAAAUCCUUCACAGCAUCAAUGAAAACGAUCAAUGUUCAAUUUCAUUAAAAGGGAUGGCAAAAGCACAAUUGAUUUUUUUCAUGAAUGUCAUGUUUUCUCGUACUUUCUUUCUUUUUACUUUUUUUCGUAUUAAUUUUCAUGCAAUCUUAGUAACAUUUUCUGACGGCUCCUACUCCAAGAUUUCACUUUCCUUAGAACAGCUUGUGAGAUACAUGGCCUGACCUGUCCAUAUAAUUUUCCUCUCAUAUCCAGUGCUUGAAAUGUAAUCUGGGCGUUUUAUGAUAGUCCUCAGGGAUUGUUGGCAUUUUUAUGUGGGGCUUAUGGUAAAAGACGACAGCCUCUGAACCAUAUAGUAUAAAUACUCUUCUGCUGACUUGUACUUUAUUUGGAGGCGCAGCAAGUUAUUUUGGCAUAUAUGUCUCUUUUAGCACUGUGUUCUCAGAGAUGAUGCUCCCCAAGUGUGUAUAAUUGUCAGCUCCAUAGAUUGGGUGACCAUAUUAUGCGACCCAAGUAGGUAAAUGGAUCAGCUACAUCUAUUGGGUUACAAUAUGACGCCGAAAUUAGAAGCAUUCAAUAUUAUUUUAGACAUUUAUUGAAAUGAUUUUUAAUUCAUCUUUCAAUUUUUUAGCUUAUUUUUUGUUUGUUUCAGGAUUAAGCCUGGCAGAUGUGCUGGAUAAGGGUUAUAUAAAAAAUCUUGAUGACUCAGUUUGCCUGUCAAUGUUUGUGCUGGAGGGACUGUUAAAUGCCUACGAGUCCCUGAGAAGUCAAAACUUUGUUCACCAGGACAUGCAUCGUGAGUAAAUGCCCCAUCUUAUGCCAAAAAACAUAUAUAUAUAUUUAUAAGUUUAAAAUGAAACAAAUAAUAAAUUAUUAAAAAGAAUUACUUGCCCAUUUAAAAAAGAAACAAUAUGAAAUCCUGCCACACAUUAUUGUUUUUGUGUCUCCUGUAAGGUAUACUAGAGUUGUCUCUCUACUUAGUUGUGAAUAUAGAGUUCUCUCCUCUCCUUCCCCCCCUUUCACAUGUGUACCAGAGUUGUAACCCCUGUAAUACAAUCUAGAGUGCUCUUUAUCCUUAUGACACAUGGUCAUCUUUUUUUUUUUAAUUGAUCUUUUCUGCAGCUGGCAAUGUGAUGAUCGACAAUAAGCUGUCAGUGAAACUACUUGACUUUGACCAGGCCAGACGGUUACUGUCAGAUCCAAGUAGAGACAUUGAGAGCAUUAAGAAUGACAUUGUUGGCAUUAUAAGGAUAUUCUGUCUUGCAUAUUCAGGAUACGACUUCAAUGAUGUUUUUGAGGCUAAAAAAUUUCUUGAGGCUAAAAAUUUGGAAGAGGUAAUUUGAUCAUGACUUUAGUUGUUGCCACUCGUGUAAAUUGUAUUUUGGCUUUGGAAUAUCUAGUUAUUAAGGAAGUUGUUUGGGAAAGGAAUGGGUUAGGGAAUGGCAGAAUUUAAGGAGGGGAAGGUGUUAAGAAAUAUUAAAACAUCAAAUGAUUCUCACAUCUCAGUUAGUAAUUUAUCAUAAAUGGAUAGAUGAAAUUCUUUCAAAGUGAAGAUUCUCAUAUGGACAUAAUAAUAUGCCAUUAUCUGUGCUUUUGUUUAAAUUAAAUAUUUUGUUGUUGUUUAUUUCCAAAUUUCUGCAGCUGUCCUCCUCAAUAGAACACAUUCCAGAAGAACAGCGUAAAGAGCUUUACAAAAUUAUGUACAUGCUCUUUGAAUCUGUGCGACACCCUCGUCAAGAAAACUUUGGAGACACCAAACAUGUUUCAAAUUAUGUGAAAGAUUACUUUAAUAGAGGUACUUGUUUGAUGCUUACUAGACAAAAUUGUAGGUAGGCACUAACUCUUAGUCCACCUAGUGCAUCAAUAGCUACACCACUGCUAACCUGUCUCAUUGGCUUUAUGAAAGCCAGAGGUCCAGCUUUAAAUUCUUAUUGACCUAAUGACACCACUGCCAACCUGUCUUAUAGGCUUUAUAAUAGCCAGAGGUCCAUUUUUAAAUUGCUGUUGACCUAAUGACACCACUGCCUACCUGUCUCAUUGGCUUUAUUAUAGCCAGAGGUCUAGUUUUCAAAUUGCUAUUGACCUAAUGACAACACUGGCAACCUGUCUCAAUGGCUUCAUUAUAGCCAGAGGUACAAUUUUAAAUUGCUGUUGACUUAAUGACGCCAAUGCCAACCUGUCUCAUUGGUUUUAGAAGAGCCAGAGGUCAAGUUUUUAAAUUGCUAUUGACCUGUUGACACCAUUGUCAACCUAUCUCAAUGGCUUUUUUGUAGCCAGAGCACCAAUUUGAAAUAAUUGCUAUUAAUAUUAAUAAUUGCUAUAAUGACAUCAUCGGCUAGCGGUCUAGAAAUAAAUACUGGAUCUUUUUAUAGCAACAUUUCCAAUUAUAAAUGAAUUGUUAAUCUGUUAUAAUAUUUUAAAGUGGACAGAGUGCUUUCAGCACAACCAAACUAGCAGUGCAGGAUUAUGCUACCAAACAAAGUUUACCUUUUGUUUAUAUUAUAUAUAUAUUUUUUUUCCCAAUGAUUGUCUGUAUUUUUUUUUAGUCAUUUUGAACUUUAAGCCACCUUUUUCAAAAGAGUUAAGAAACUUGAGAUGUUUCAACGUUUUUUAAAAAUAAAAUUUAAAUUUCAUCGUAUUUUCAGAAAGCAAUAAUUUUAUUUUCUGUUUUUCUCUUAUUUAUUAAUCAUGUUUUCCCAUGCUUCCAUGUGAAUUUUCCCAAUAAUUUUCAGAGUCUACUAACAUGAAAAAGAAGUUGGCUGUUAUUUUAUUUCCUGAAAAAUUUCAAGAAAGGGUGAGCAAAAUCAAGUAAUUUUUUAUAUGUACAACUCAAGGAAAGUUUUUUUAGACUACCAUUGACUAACAAUGUAUAUUUGUUUUGUAAUUGAUAGUUUUUGUGAUAUUAGUUUACUGUCAAAUAAAGCUAAUUUUUAUUUUAGGUGGUUCUUUAUUAUAGCCUCAACUAAAUUCAUUUAACCUAUUUCAUUUAAUUUAAUAUCUUGUUAAUAUAUUAAUUUAGCUUUUAAUUUCACAGGGGUUCCAUGAAGAAAUAUAUUUAAAAAAUGUAAUCUUUUAUUUUAACCAACUCUGCAUGUACUGUUAAAAUAACUCAAUAUGAUCACAGAAGAUUAAAAAAUUAUCUUAAAACCCUUUUCAGGAAGAGCCAGAUUCUGGCUACAAGUUUGAAUGUGAUUCAGACGACUACAGUGUCUGGGAUGAUCCAGACAUGGAUGGCUUUGUUCAAAAAGUAACAGAUGAAGAUCUCCGUAAACUUGGAGUAUUUUCUCUUUUUUGACCCCCAAGCACUAGGUUCCAUGUGUGAAAAAACUUAAGGACUUGUUAUAGUUUAAUAACACUGAAAUGAAGUUUGUGUCUUCUUACCCGAAUAAUAUAGGGAUAUUUCCUAGCCUUUGAUGAGGGUUCAAGAUCAGUAUUUUUGCUAUGUAAUUGCUUGGUCCACUAGAAGUAUAUAUGUAUGUUCAAUCUUAGCAAGUGAGGAAAAUAAUAAUAACCUCCAGGUAGUGCAGCAGAAAGAUUUGUGAAAUAGCCUGCAAUUUUAGAUUUCAGAUUACCAGUAGCAGUUGAAAUGAGAAGUUAUCAACCAUAAUUUUUGUUGACGUGUUUUCCCCCACCUUCUCCACCAGCCUUGAAAUUAUCUUGGCUAUUAUUUUAAUACAGGGGUCUCCAAACUUUUCAGCCCGAGGGCCGCAUUAACUAUCAAACAGUAGUUCGCGGGCCGACUGCACACUCGAGCAGGGUUUCUAUCAGCAUUCUAAAAGAGCGUAAAGUUGUUGGCCUGUACUUGUUCCAAAAACAAGAUGAGUUUGAAUCUGAAGGCCUUUAAGAGGUGUAUAGAUCUUGCGAUAUGUUCAUGUCUUCAACAACACUCCUAACGAACACAAGCAGUUGAGAGGUGAAACAGCUGUCCAGCGAUUCAUCCAUUGCAAAUAAAAAUUGGUGAAACUUGCUGGCAUUUUUCGAUAUUUGAGUCACAAUGUUUUCACCCAUGUCUGCAACAUGGCGGGCAAAGCUCCGCCACUAGAUGGCGUUAUAUCAUCUCAUUGACUGUGAAUGAAAGUAGAAAAACUAGCAUCGAAUAAGGUUUUGCAAAGUAAUGAUCAGUUAGAAAACAUAACGCACUACUGCGCGCCUCUAUUUUAAUUCGGUAAAAACAUAACCCCUACGUAAACGGCGUCUGAUCUUGUCAGGAUACACGUACAUUUGCGUAAUUUUUUAUUCCGUUUACAAAAGAUCUCCGCGGGCCGCAUGACAGAGCCUCGCGGGCUGCAUGUGGCCAGCGGGCCAUAGUUUGGAGACCCCUGUUUUAAUACAAUGUUAUAGUUUAUGUUAAGCUUAAAUAUGAUUGGACACAUUUUUCUUCUUGUUUAAAAGCACACGCUGUCUGCGAUAAGUUCACAUUUUUUCUUGUAUCCUUUGUCCUUUUAAAGAGAGACUGCACUGUUUGUUUUCAAUGGUUGUUUUUACUAGACAUUUGUUAUUUCACCAAAGUUAUCUAAUUGCCAAAAAUGUCCCCUUUUUUUUUUCAAAACUCUUUUAAAAAAAAUUUCAGAACGGUAUUAUCGCCAAUCCCCAUUCAAUAAAACCUUCUUGUGAGGAAUGCUACACUAGCCUCAAUGUUAUAUUAUAACAACUAACUUUCUUGAAAACUGUUCAUUUCAAAUGAUACACAUUAAUGGAACGAUGCUUGUUCUGCUAGUUAUAUCCUCCAUUAUCCCGUCAUCCACCAUUAAAUCUUUAUAUUUUUUUCAAACAGAUCUUUUAGUUUACAGUUACACUUUUCAUAAAAUUGUUUACAUUUUGAUUCAUACUCUGGUCCCAGUAUCAGUAUUCAUUUAACUGUUAAGAUUAAAAUGUUGCUAUAAUUACAGACUAAAAAUUUAUUAUUUAAUUUAUUUUUAGCCAUUUAUCAUUUUUAGAAUUGUCAGUAACAGUAAGACAAAAACUUUUCCUUGGAUAUGUUCAACUUUACUUGAAUUUGCUUGAGCAUGAACCCUUCAGUUUAAAUUUAAAGAGCGAGUAUCUGUAAUUAAUAUACUACUAAUGAUGACUAAUGUACAGAUUUUGAUAUGUUUGCUUAAUUAAUUUGUUUCAAGUAAAGAUACAUGUGUCUGUUUAUUGUAUCUUAUUUCAAAACACAAUUUUUGUCUUUCCUUAGUCACUGCAAACAUUACUAGUGGGUCAUUGCAAAAAGGAGUGUAAAUUUUAUAGAGUUUUUUUGCAUUUUCCCAUUAGUUUGUGUUCAAUCUGUAAAAGAUUUUUUUUAUUUAAAAAAAUUGGCUGUUAAAUUAAGUUCAUCUACUUAUUUUCUCCACAAUAUAAAUAGAACAUAAGCCAAUUUUUGUUACUUACAUUAACCUUUUUAUCCUUUAAGUUCGUUUACAUUUUUCUCCCUCAAAAUGACUAACAUGGAAGUCAAACACUAUUCCAUUUUUUGUUGUGAAAUUAUUUGUUUUAUUCUGUGGUUAUCAAAUGUAGACUGAUUUUGAGGUUUCUCUCAAUAUAACCGUAUUUUCCGGCGCAUAAGCCAAACAUCAGAAUUGAUUUCAAUAUGGUAAUUUUUAUUCAAAUGCUUAUGAGAUGCAGGUACUUAUAAACAUAAGGCUGUGUGUCAUCAAGCAUGUAAACAUAAAACAGUUCAAGUGGAUUAAACUUUUCCUAAUUCACUCUAAAGCUGAAAGGAAGGAAAAGACAAUAAACCCAUGGGAGCUGCCAUGCUGUUUGUGUUCUAAACUGUCAACCAAACUGGAACUAGAGGGCGCCUGUUCCUGAAGUUUCAACACACCGUAUACCAGCUAAUAAGAUGACCCCCGGCGUAUAAGACGGCACCCCGACUUUUGAAAAGAUUUUCAUGGGUUAAAAGUUGUCUUAUACGCCGGAAAAUACGGUACUUUGUCUUCUUAAAUUUUGCUUUAUUUAGUUUCGUACACAUCAUAUGAAAAAAAAUAUACAAAAUGAUGUUAUAUUUUUAGUGGCUACAUUUUAUAAACUUUUAGACAUUGCAGAAUAAAAAGUAGAGGUGACAUUGACAAAUGAGAUUAACAAAAUUAGCGAGUAUUUCUAUGAAAGUCUUCAUUGGCAGAAAAAAAAAAACCAUCAAGAAAUAAUAGAGAAUAAAAAAUGAAGCAAAACUCUCAGAUUACUGGUAUGUGAAAAGUAGGCAUCAGGUCUAAGUCCAAACUGAUCAGAUCUACUGCCAAUGGCAUUCUCUGAUCCUUUUCCUCAUCUCAACAGAAACAAAAUGACCUUGCUUUUUUUAUUUUAUGAUAAAGUAGUUACUAUCCUAAUGUCUCAUUUUUAAUUUAGUUAGUUUACAUGUUUUUAAUAAUUGUAAAGCGCUUAGAGCUUUAAGGUAAGCGCUAUAUAAAAAUUCCUAAAUAAAUAAAUAAAGCAAAUUUCAAUUUUUGCCAAUACAGUUUUCAGUCCAGGGGCGGCUGCCACACUGCCAUGUCUAUUAAAAUUUAAAUUGCAAAUUGGUUGCUCAAAGUUUUUUUUAAAAAGCAUAUACAUGUUUUUACUUUCUUCAAAAGGUGUGCAAUCAUUUAACCUUAAAAUAUACAAUCAUUUAUUCAGGUCUUUUUGGGCCCAUUGAUUUUAAAGUAAGUAAACAAAAUAUACUGUUAAAUAAUCUUUGAUUGACCAUUUUCAUGCAUAUAUCAAUUUAUUGUGAGUUACUGUAAGUUUUAACAUUUCUUAUUUCUUUAAUAUGGAAGUAGUCUGCCAUACAAAAAUCACAUCAAAUGUAUGAAAGAAAAAUUUGAAAGGAAUUUGAUUGUGUAAACUGAGCCUUAGAGUAUCACCUACUUCCACUGCCUUCUUUCUAUGCUAGGUAAUUUUUUUAUAUAUAUCAGUGGUUCUCAGCCUCAAGAACAUGGCUGCAUCACAGUUUGGGGACUGUUGUCGAUCACAAACAUAACUGAUACUUGGGUAGUUGUUUUUUCCUUCGCGCUGCCCUGCUGAUAGUUAUGCUAACCACAUAAUUCUUGUCAUCAUGAUUUUAUCCACAUUGCUAAACUGUGAUUUUAUUAUUUCUUUGCUUACAAAAACAGUUUUAAAAAAAAUGUGUGUCAUUAAAACUAUUUUGACUUCAUAUAAAUGACAUUUAUACUACCGCCACUCAAAUUCAAGUGUGUUCCAGAUUUUGAACCCUUUUUUCUUGACUUCACAUGUGAAAAUACCUUCUAUCAAGAUGCAAGAUCUCCAUCAUGCUCUGUAGCAGUGAUUCUCAAACCUUUUGUUAUUAAACACAGAAUAAGCCUGGACAUACAUUUGUAGCUAGACUCAAAGCACAAAUGUUAAGUUUACUGUCAUGUCUGUGAAGUCAAAAUUGUUGACGUCAGCACAUCAACACAAAGUGUAAAACUGUUUCACAAGAUUUCAUUUAAAAAAAAACAUCACCCAUUCCCUUUCAUGACGUUUAUGAGAAAUAAAGUUUAUAAAAAAAAUGUUUGCUGCCAAAAAAUAAAGACUCCUUAACUCGGAAUCAUAGCAUAGAAAUUGUAUGUAAAGAACCACUGGUGUACAGACAGUUCUCAGUUGAUUGCUUCUGUAUGGCAAAGACAUGUUCCUGUGUGACUUAUUAAUUAUGUUAAUGUAUCUGUUUGACAAGUAUUUAAUUAUUGCGGUUUUGGUAAUGACAGCUUUGUAGUUUUGUUUUUUUUGUUUUGCAUUUUAAUAAAAAGCUUGC